AUGACUAGCCGCCGUGUGAACGCUCUGCAGUAUGUCCUGAUUCCGCGCAUCGAGGACACGAUUCAGUACAUCACACAGGAGAUGGACGAGAUGGAUCGCGAGGAGUUCUUCCGAGUGAAGAAGGUCGUCGAGAAGAAGAAGCAGAAGCUAGAGCGUGAGAAGCUGGCGCUGAAGAAGGAUCCGAGCUGGAGGCCAAGGGCCUGGCCCUGCCGGCGCCCGUGUCCGCCCUCGAUGCCCCCAGCGCGCUGGACAGCACGAAGAAGGAUCCCCGGGGAGGGACCCCGACGUCAUCUUCUGAGCGGAGACGGCCGCCCCGUGAGCUCUGCGCAGCACCGCUCGUCGUACGGGCAUUCGUUCGGCCAUGCGCGCCCGCAUUUUGGUUCACCUUCGCCGGCACCGCCCAUCUGUGUCCGCUCCCUCGCUGUUCUCCUAUAG